GUAGAUGAGAAACAACAAUAUAGGUAAAGUAUUCGACCGCAGUGCACCGCGACGACCGAGCGCGAAACGUAUUUCGACGACAGCCUUGGCUGAUCGAAAAUUACUAUAUAACUAUAACAAUCUUAUCAAUUAUUAAAAGUAUUCAAGUUAAUUAAAUAAUUGCUUUCCUCUAACUCCGCUGACUUCCAGAGCAGAACUCAAACGUCCGUAAAAAGGCAGUGACGCAACACCGAACUGGGAUAGGAGUAGCGCGUACCGCGUCAACGUUGACAAAGAGGUCUUUCGCGUGUGACAGUCUCAUGGGCAUACGUCAGAACCCCUGGACACCUACAAAGCGACGUGGUCCCAUCGCCGCUGAGUCUGCUAGUCCUGGUCCAGCUGUUGUUUCUUUGCCUUCACUUAUUGGCAAACCUCCACCAGAAUCACGGAAAUCUCGUGCACCAGCGUUUACAUUUGGCCAUAAGUUGGAUCCUGCAGGGAAAGAUAAGACCGGUCCGGGGCCUGCCUCUUAUAAUACAGAAGGAAUGACGGCAAAAGCACCAAACGUUUAUUCUAUGCCACCGGUUCUCGGCGAAGCGCGAGAGGGCAGUAAACGUGCGGCACCCGCGUUCAGCAUAACCGGGAGGGGGAAAGCGUCCGAGUCGAAGGCGCCUAUGCCUGGCCCUGGAACGUACACAACGGAUAAGGCUUCCACUGUGAUAACGAAGAGGCCACCAGCUUAUACGAUGGCUCCAAGGCGCGAAUUGAAACACCCGUCCGCGGCUGUGCCUGGACCCGGAGUGUACUGUCCAGAGAAGGUUGAAUAUCAAAGAGUUACAACCACGAAGCACACGUUUUCAAGCAGAAUGAAAACUGAGCGAACAGAAAAUGCUCCUGCACCUAAUGCUUACAAUCCAGAGAAAGCGGAUAGGUUUUUAAGAGAAAAGUCACCCGCUUUUUCAUUCAGAACGAAAACUGACUUGUACAAAACACGCGAUGCCCCCGCACCCAAUAUUUAUUCACCUGAAAAGUCUCUUAAUUCAUUAAAAAAUGGACCGAAAUAUACCUUAGCAGGAAAAGGAUCUGCUGAAAAACAUGAUACAACUCCUGCGCCUAAUUCAUAUGAACCGCAAAAAGCUGAUAAAAUAUUACAUGAAAAAUCACCUGCUUAUACUAUGAGAUCUAAAGAAAUAGUCGAAAAAAUAGAGCAAACGCCUGCACCUAACGUGUAUUCGCCAGAAAAAUCUGUUCAUGCCUUACACAGUGCGCCCAAAUUUACUAUGUUGGGCAAAGUUAGUUCAACUAAAAUAGAACAAACCCCAGCUCCUAACAGCUAUAACCCUGAAAAAGCAGACAAAGUCUUACAUGAGAGUACGCCAGCUUAUUCGUUUAGAAUUAAGGAACAACAGGUAAUAAGAAGUGAAUCACCAGCACCCAAUGUAUAUUCCCCAGAAAAAUCUAUGCAUGUUUUGGAUAGUGCACCAAAGUUCACUAUGAGUGGUAAAGGUCCAUCGGAUAAAAUUCCUGAUACUCCAGGCCCAAAUGUGUAUUGUCCAGAUAAAGCAGACAAAUUAUUGCACGAAUCGUCUCCUGCAUAUACGUUUCGGACUAAAGAUCAGAUCAUAAAUAAGAAUAAUAACCCAGCACCAAAUGUGUAUGCUCCUGAAAAUUCAAUUCAUAUGUUGGAUAGUUCACCGCGAUUUACGAUUGCUGGUAAAGGACAUUCCCCUAAAAUUGAGAAUGUCCCUGCUCCUAACGCAUAUUCACCCGAUAAAGCGGAUAAAAUUCUUCAUGAUAGUAGUCCUGCAUACACUUUUCGUCCAAAACAUGCUAGCGAUAAGCCGAGUGAUACACCAGCGCCUAAUAUGUAUGAUCCUCACUUAUUAGAUGGAACACCAAAAUUUAGUUUAUAUGGGCGAGGUCUCGAUCCUAAGCCCUCUGAUACACCUGCUCCAAAUGUUUAUGAUCCCCGUGUAUCGGAUGGAGCUCCAAAAUUCACGAUGUCUGGUAAAGGGAUUACUAGUAAGCCUUCAGAUGUUCCAGCACCGAAUGCAUAUAAUCCCCACCUUCCAGAAAAUUCACCGAAAUUUUCUUUGUCAGGUAAAGGCCGAGAUGGAAAGCCUUUAGAAACACCAGGACCUAACUAUUACGAUCCUCAGAUUCCUAGUAGUACUCCUAAGUACACUAUAGCCGGAAAAGGUCCUGAAGGAAAGUUCCCCGACGUUCCAGGUCCUAACGUUUAUAAUCCCCACUUACUUGACGGCGCUCCUAAGUAUAGUUUAUAUGGAAAAGGUUUUACACCAAAGCCAUUUGAAACUCCCGGGCCAGCCGCAUAUGAUCCUAACUUACCACAUAAUGCUCCAAGAUAUACUAUUUGUGGGAAAGGACCUGAUUCAAAAGUGUCUGACGUGCCAGCUCCAAACGUGUAUGAUCCACACAUGCUCGAUAAUACCCCGAAGUUUACUAUUGCUGGCAAAGGUAAACCAGACAAAAUUUCAGACACACCAGCUCCUAAUUCGUAUGAUCCAGACAAACAUAGACUAGAUGGAACACCAAAAUAUACUUUUGGAACAAAGGGACCAUCAGAAAAAAUUCCAGACAAUCCUCCUCCUAAUGCGUACAACCCAGAGAAAGCAGAUAAUAUUCUACACGAACAUUCACCAGCAUAUACGUUUAGACCUAAAAUUGAAAAUGGUAAGAUCCCAGACACGCCGGCACCCAAUUACUAUAAUCCCGAUAAAAGUGAUAAAGUCGUACAUGGAUCAAGUCCGGCUUAUACAUUCCGGCCAAAAAUAGAAAACGAAAAACCAAUGAAUAACCCCGCUCCUAAUGCAUAUAAUCCAGAAAAGGCAAAUAAUGUUAUUUUAGAGAAAACUCCAGCUUAUACUUUAGCACCUAAGGGAAAAGAUCCUAAAAUUAGUGACGUUCCUGCACCUAAUGUAUAUAAUCCAGAAAAGGCUGAUAAGAUUUUAUUAGAUAAUGCACCUCGAUACUCAUUUAGAAUAAAAACAAAGCCACCAAAGCCAGAUGAUGUUCCUGCUCCAAAUAAUUACAACCCAGACAAAGCUGACAAAGUGUUGCUACCAAACGCUCCACAAUAUACUUUCAGAAUCAAAUCCAAUACGCUGAAGGUUUUGGAUACUCCAGCCCCCAAUUCGUACACACUCCCAUUGCCCGUGAAAACUCCGCUUUACACGAUAUCGGGUCGUCACAAGGAGCCAAUCGAUGAACGGAUAAAAGUUCCCGCUCCAGGAAGUUACAACCCGGAAAAGGGAUACAAGUUCGUUUUGACUUAUUCGCCCCAGUAUACAUUUGGCGUUAAGAUUCAUACGGAUAAGUUUGCGGAUUCACCAGCACCGAACACGUACCGUAUCCCGUCGGUACUGGACUCGCCGGUGUACACGAUGUCGGGCCGCCACAAGGUGCCGCUCGACGAUCGGGCCAAAGUACCAGCGCCUGGCACAUACUCACCAGAAAAGGUGCAGCUGGAUAAAAAACCAAACAUAACCUUUGGUAUCAAACAUUCGCCUUUGCUUGGACAGUUGAAACCAAUAGAGCCCCGUCGGGUCGUCAACGAAUUCAUUGAAAACGAGAUUAAAACGAGUAACGUUAAUGACGUAAAUCGAACAAACGUUAAUGUGCGCCAAGAAAUUAACGCUCAUAAUUAUAACCAAUCCACUAACACGGAGAGAGUCGUCACACAGAAUGUAAAUGACACUGUAGACUCGUCAGACAUACAAAAUGGCUUACGCACUCACGUCACACAAGUGAGAACCAACGAAAUACGGAGUACUACAGUCACACCGGAACCAGUCCAAGAAACGCUAACGCAAGAGAUUGUAUGGAUCCCAGAACAAACGCAACGUCGUGGCUCUUAUACGAUCGAAAAGUCCGAUGGCAACGGUUUUGUUGAACGCUACAGCAAUAGCGAAGUGAUUCCCGUAGAAAACGGAGUCAUGAGAGUGUCUGGUGGUGGGGAAAGAAGCGCGUCUAACACUCAAGAACAUAGCAAUGAAGUUAUUCAAAGAGAGGGAUUCGUUCAGAGCGUUGAUAAAGCAGUUCAGAGAGCAAGUGCGAAUGAGAGAUCUCAACGGGCAACAGAACAAGUUCUUGUGGAUUCUGAUGUGAAACAUCUCCCCAACGGGGGCAUCGCUAAAACAACUACAACUACCACUAUUAAGAAAGUGGGAACUGCUGCUAAGACAGCCAACGCUACUACGACAGUAACUCGUACAAAAACAGCUGUUACAUCGAGAGAUGUUGGUACAAAAUAAUUGAUUACAAGAGAUGUGUUAUGCUUCUGUCAUUGCAAAUAAAGCUUUAUAUUAAUUUAUUAAAAUGAAAAGUUCGCUCCAUUAACAAAGCCUCGUGCAGCUUGCUAAGAUACUAUCGAAUUUGUUACCUAUUUAAAUUUUAAUGAUAUAUAGAAAUCUAAAUAUUUUAUAUAACAUCAAAUGUAACUAUAAAACCCUGUUAAAGUAAUAUAAUAAAAAUUUAAAA